AUGCCUAGAGGCGCUGAUGGUGGUGGUGCAAAGUACCCAGGGCCAUUCUUCUUCAAGAUCAGUAUCCUACCUAGUUUGUACCUUGCGUGGAAGGGAACGAGGCAUUUGGUUUUCGAUGAACUUCAUAAGAAGUACGGGGAGGCGGUCCGCACUGAGCCUAAUUUCCUUUCUCUGAUCACGCCAAACGCGAUUAGGCAUAUGUACGGUCCUCAGACAAAGUUCCAGAAGGCAUGUGAAUACCCUUCCACGAUUAGAAUGCCAGCUACUGACGGUACUCUUCAGGUCAUGUACUACACUCGCGGACCAAUAGAGAAGCAGGUACUCGUGAACAUCGCCAGCACCAGCACCAUUACGCUCCCAACCACGCCAAGCAAUUCAACCUCAUUACUUGGUCCCGAUAUGAACGUCUAUUCUGGGUCCGACGACUUUGAUAUGGAUUUCUAUAGUGAACUCUUUGACGCUACUAUGCUUCCCACCGCGGUAGAACAGAAGGACCCCUCGCCGGCCGCUUCAUUAGCAGAUAACUCUCUCGGCAUAUUAACGAUGGCAUCGGAUUGCAACUUUCCAAAUCUGACGGCACAUGAUCAAGCUUCCCUCGACGACCCGUGUCCCAUGUUUCCCGCUGCCGGCGCGACGGUAUCUAAAGCUCGUAGCAACACGUCUAUUGGAGCCAUAUCCCUGCCCCCCACGAAAAACUCGCCAUUGUCCAUCCAAUCUCUUCAGCCGUCGCUGCAAGACAUCCAGAAUAAUGCUCAUCUUCGGAGGGCGCAUAUCCCCGUUGACGAGGCCAUGCGCACCAACAAGGUCUGCAUGUCCCAAAUCUCCCGCACCAUGGAGAACGAAGAAUCCCUCAAAUCCAACAGCUGCUCCCUGCUCGUCGCUACUGCCAUGCAGAUGGUCAUUUUGCUGUAUGAGAAAGCCCUCUCCACGUCCGACCAAGGCCACUCAUGUUCUGUCAAAGACGACAGCAACCUCUGCGGUGGAACGAUGCUGACAAGGUCACCGCACUCGACUAUGUCAAGCACACUCACCACCACCAACAAUAACAGCAGUGAAUCGGACAACGACCAGCAGCAUGCCCUGUCGAGCUUCUCCACCAGUCCGAGCCGCAGCAGAAUGCCCGACCUCCAAUUUGGGGUCUUCCAAUUCGAGCCCGAGGAGCAGACCUGGAUCCGCAACCACAUCAUCCGCAAGGAACUGCAGAGGUGCAUCCAGACCCUGCGGGCGUGCCACUCGGACGAGCACCAAAGCAGACAGCAGAGCGCGCCGACUGGCGGGCCACCGGAUCUGGCUGGUGGAGAUGGAGCGGCGCGCAAAUGCGUUGAUUGCCUCUUUACCCGUUGGCCAGGCUGA